AUGAAUCUAAAUUUUAUUCUUUUUCCUGCACCAAAAAAGAAAUACACCCACCAAUAACAUCAAGGAGAGCUGAUAUGGAUACCAAAAUUAAUUUAUGAAAAUUUAGAUAGUUGCAAAGUUAAUCCUAAAAAUGUUAAUAUUAUUGAAAAUAAAAAAGCAUCUACAAAUGAAUAAAUAAAGCAUAAAAGAUGCUAAUCAUCUAAUUCCCUCUCAUUAUAGAAUUCAAUUGGUUAUCCUCGUAAGAGCAAUCGUAUUACAGCUAACCAAACUGGAUUUAAUAAGACAUUAAAUACUAGAAUUGAUUUUUUUAGAAACCCAAUUAAAUAAAAUGAUAUCAUGGAUAAAUCGUAUAUUGAAGCAGAGACUUUUAUCAUUCAUAAUGAGGGAAAUGAUGAAUAUAAUUUAGAUAUUUCUUAAGAAGAAAAAAUUCUAAGUUAGAUUUAAAAAACAUCUUCUAUUAAGUUUCAUUCUAAGCCUUAAAUUAGGCAGCAGCAGUAAAUUUGUGAUAUUAAGUAAAUAUGUAAUAAAAAAACAUUUAAUUUACAAAACACACAUGAAUAAUAAAAUGAAUAAACAUAAAAUAAAAUAUAUUUGCCAUUUCAAAUGAAUGAAUAAACAAAUUAAUCUUUCUAAAGCUGCAGUUUACUAAAUGAAUGUAUUGAUGAAGUUAAUUAGGAAGAAUUUAAUUUAUAAUCUCCAAAGAAUGUUUAAAACUAUGUUUCUAAAAUAUUUUUAAAUAGUGAAAUAUUUUCUAACAAAUCUAAGGGAUCAUGUUUUACAAGCCAUACUACUUCAAUUUCAGGUUAAACUAAUGAUUAAAUUUCAAUAGAUAAUCAAUUGAAUUAGAAAAGUUAAUGGAUGAAUGAUUCAAAUAAAUCUACUUUCUCUUAAGUAAAAGCUGUAGGAGCUCCUUCUGUUUAACAAAGAUAACCUUUUUAUGAAAUUCAAGAAAAUGGAAAGUUAAUUAAUCAUUCGCAGAGUUCAAGAUAAUUAACAUCAACAAAAUCUAAUUAAGUUUUUUCUGUAUAAUAAAUUGCAUUACAAUAAUAGUAAAUUAAAGAACAAAAGCUAAACACCAAAUAAGUUUUUGGUGAUUGCAAUAAAAAUAGUAAAACAUAACAUAUAUUUAACAAAACUUAACAAUUGAGAAAUGAUUCUGGAAGCUUAAAUAAUAUUUAUGCUUCUAAAAAUAUUCAAAACAAAAAUUAAAAUUAUUUACCUAAAGAUUAAAAAGAGAAUUAAUAUAUGUUUUCUUAGAUUAUAAAAUAGAGGUUAAAUAGUGAAUUAGAUUAUUAAUAUAAUAUCAAUCAUAGUGAGUAAUAAAAAUACAUUCCCUGCUUAUUUUUAAAAAGUUAUUCACCUUCAAAUUAUGUAUUAAUUUAUUUUCAUGGAAAUGGUGAAGAUAUCUCUUUAUCUUAUGAAUUGACAGAUCAUUUAAGGAAUACGUUGAAGUUAAAUGUACUUGCAGUAGAAUACCAAGGAUAUGGAAUAUACGAAGGAGAACCUGAUGAAAAUUAAAUACUCAAUGAUACUCAAUAUGUUUAUAAUUUUUUAACAGAAAAGUUAAAUUAUAGCUACAAGAAUAUUAUUAUUUUGGGAAGAUCUAUAGGAACUGGACCCGCAACUUGGUUAGCAGCUAACAAAAAAGUUGGUGGGCUUAUUUUAAUAUCUCCUUUUACUUCCAUUAGAGGAGUUGCUAAGCACGUAGCAGGUUCUUUUGCUUAGCAUCUAAUUAAAGAAAGGUUUGUUAAUAUAGAAAAUAUUUAAAAAGUAGUUUGCCCUACAUUUAUUGUUCAUGGAUAGCAAGAUAGACUUAUUCCUUAUUAGCAAAGUCAAUAGCUUCUAGAUUAUUGCAAAGGACCAUGUCAACUAAUCCUUCCAAAAAGAAUGACUCACAUUGAACUAGAUUACAACUAGGAUUUAACUAAUCCCCUUCAUUCUUUCUUGAUAAAAAAUGGAAUAAACAUUAAAUUAGAUAAUUCUAUGCUUACUUAUUAAAAGUACAUAUAAAUUCCUAGUUAACUUUAUAAGGAACCAGUUAUAUAAAAGCAAAGUUUUAGAUGCUAUUGA